AUGUCCUAUCUCUGGUCAGACCUAUCCCAUUCCAACCCCCCCUCGUCUCCGAUCCCAGGCCCAUCCACGGCAAGCAACGGACGGCGUUUCAAAGAAGAAUGCGAUAUUGAAGAUCACAGACUAGACGAAGAUGAUAACGACCAAGAAGCCGAAAACAGUCCGUUGGGUGCCUAUCCAACCCCGCCAGUCUCCGAGCAAGAACCAUUCGUCCUCCCUCGCAAAUCGUCCCGCCCAAGACAUCGACUCAGAACAGGCUCCAACAGCGCCCGUUCGUUCCCAAGGACGUAUCGUCAAGCCACGCUUUCUGAAUGCUUGAACCGAUGUGCUAGCUCGCCUCUCGGUGGUCCGAGCGCGGAACUGGAAGACGCCUUGGACGACCAGCUCGAACACCAACCCAACCAAAGACCGAGGUUGGCUCCACUACUCUUCCACAGCGACGAAAGGCUGGCUAAACGACUGAAGGUUGAUGUCAAGACGCCCCUCGAUCAGCACACGGGUGUAUUACUCCCUGCGGCGGAAAUCUAUCAAUUCAUUCCAUCCGAUUUUGGCUGGCCUGAACCCUCCCCGUCUGUUGACCAUCUACCCCGGCCGAACCGCUCAAGGAUCAUUCAACCGUCUCUUGAUUUGAUGGAUUUCGAACUAGCUCACAAGAGACCCGAUGUCGACCCUCGAAAAAUGAAACGAAUGGAGAGUCUGAGAAGUGAUCCCGAGACUCAAACUAUCAAGAUGUGGAACCCAGAAUACGAAAACGGUCAAGAAUUCCCUUUCAGCCUUUGCUUCAAUCACGCGGCAAAGACUGGUGAUAGCGGAAGACCUCCUGCUCCUGGAGAGCUGAUGGCAGCUGCGAGUGCUCUGGGGACUAUCUCCUUAUAUAACCCGUCUCUAACCGGCUCUAUCGAAGAUUUGAUGCCGAUUGCGACUUUUCAAGGUCUUCAGAACGGGAUUUUUGCCUUAUCGUUCUCGCCCUCAGACCUGAUGCUUGCGACUGGUUCGGGGGCCCAAGUGUCUGAAAUCUUUGACGUUGAGACGGGUAAUGUGCUUAGCCGCUUACAGGACCAUACGGGCACGGUCAAGACGGUCGAGUUCUCUUCGUUCAAUGAGAACAUCGUCGUCACGGGCAGUCGAGACGGAAGCAUCAAGAUCUGGGAUCUCAGGAUCACUGGCGCCCAGACCAGUGACGAUGGCUCUCGGUUUCAUCCUCCGGUAAUUACAAUUAGGAAUGCCCAUGACGAGAAAUUCACCGGCCGAAAACGCAGGAAAGGAGUACAUCUCCCUUCCGUCUCCUCAGUCCUGUGGUCCAGGAUUGCCGAUCAUCAGCUGUUCUCAGCCGGAAGUGCCAACGGGGUGGUCAAGCUAUGGGAUGUCCGGAAAAAGACGCCGUUUGCCUCGAAGGCUCAUCCGCUACCCAUCGACCAGUCGAUCGAACAGAGCAGCCAUGCCUUCUCAGAGGAGGAGUACGAGCAUGUUUUGGGAUUCGACAACCCUCAACGACCGCAUGGGAUCAGUUCCUUAGUCGCCUCGUCUGACGGGGCCCGGCUCUACUCUUUGGGCACAGACAGCACGUAA